AUGUUGGAGCUAACCACGAAGCUUCUUGGGACAGAGACUGAGAAUCAUAUUGCUCUUCAUGAAGAUAAGAAAUACAAUCCUACUCCAGUCAAGGAACUUAGGCCAAAACGAGUAUCACAUGAGACUGAAGCAUCUCUAUACCCUCAAAUGAUAGGUCAUUGUGAACAAGCUAACCAUGUGUGGAAACCUGGUGGAGUCAUGGGUGUGGCUAUGUGUAUUUCAAAAGAGACAUUGGCAUGUGGCCCAUAA